CAAGAUGGCUGUGCGCGCAGGAGGAGCAGCGGCGGAGGAGAGCUGAGGCAAUGCAGAGGAGGACGGAGAGAGGGGGGCGAGGAAUUCACUCCUGUGUGUCCUGCCUGAAGAGCAACAGCUCCUCUAAGAAAACACACGAGCGCUGACAAUAUGUUGUAUUUCCGGGGACAUUUGGGGUAACGGUUUGACUCCAGUUUUUUUUUUUGUAACCAAGAGACCAACGGACUGACCAAACAAAUCACGGAGCACUCACUAGAGGACAGCCAGGGACGCUCACGCCGCUAUCAGAGAUGUCCCUGCUGUGUGUAGGAGUGAAGAAAGCCAAGCUGGAUGGACCCCAAGAGAAGUUCAACACUUACGUGACCCUAAAGGUACAAAAUGUGAAGAGCACAACCAUUGCUGUCAGGGGCAACUUGCCCAGCUGGGAGCAAGACUUCAUGUUUGAAAUUAACCGCCUGGACCUUGGUCUGACAGUAGAAGUGUGGAACAAAGGGUUAAUCUGGGACACCAUGGUCGGCACUGUGUGGAUCCCCCUCCGGAGCAUCCGGCAGUCUAAUGAGGAAGGUCCAGGAGAGUGGCUCACUCUGGACUCUCAGGUCAUCAUGACUAAUAGUGAGAUCUGUGGCACCAAAGACCCCACACUCCACUUGGUGCUGCUUGACACGCGCUUCGAACUGCCUCUUGAUAUCCCUGAGGAUGAGGCACGGUACUGGGCCAAAAAACUGGAGCAGCUUAACGCCAUGAGGGACCAAGACUAUUCAUAUCAGGAGGAACAGGAGCGCCCUCUCCGUGCACCAGGAACCCAGUGCUGUAACUGGAGUCUUUGGGGCGAUCAACAAAAUGAAGAUCCUGACAGUGCAGUGGAUGACAGAGACAGCGACUACAGAAGCGAAACCAGUAACAGCAUCCCUCCUCCCUACUACAGCACAUCCCAGCCUAACGCCUCUGUCCACCAGUAUCCCAUCAGCCACCAGCACCGCAGCUCCAGAAGUUAUUCUUACCCACGCUCUGGCAAUGGACAGGACCUCGACUACCACCAUCAGAGGACUGUCAGCCCAUCAGGGAGCUACGCCUCGUCUGCAGAGCUGAGUCGGUGCAGCAGUCAGCUGAGUGAGGAGGACUAUGGGGGCGAGUAUGGAGAAAGAGAUCCUUACGAUGAGAAUGACUCGUACCAUUCCUGCCACUCUUCGGUCAGCUACAGCAAAGGCUCUCCAGACUGGGACCCUGAUGAGACCCAGGGGCAGUACAGCGAUGAGGGAGGAUACAGCAAAGAUGGAGGAGAGGAGGUGGCUCUGUACGAGGAGGAAGAUGGAGGACUGUAUGAGGGUGAAGAAGAAGGCCUCUAUGAGGAUGAAGAGAUGAUGUAUGAUGAUGAGGAUUUGUACAAUCUAGAUGGGACACUCAGUGAGGAUUUGGAGCCUCCUUUCACCCCCACCCCAACAUCAACAGCACCCCCUGCUCUGGAUUUGGCUCCAGGCUCGAGGCCUCCUCUGGAGAAACAAUCAUCUCUACACCAACAGCAGCCGCCUACUCAAGCUCCGAACCAAACAUCCAACCAAGCUAAUCCUCCUGGCGUGGCCCCAGCAACACAGCCCCCUCCUGGUCAACCAUCAGCUCAACCUCCUAAACAGCCCCAGCCCCAAACACAGCCUCCGCCUCAGGCAGCCCCCUCUGCCACUUCCUUCUUCUCCAUGGCAAAACCUCUAACGGCUGCAGUUACAGGUUUAGCCUCUACCUUCCUGUCCUCUGUUCCCGCAGCUCAGCCUGCCCAGUCUCACCCUCCAGCCUCCGCAGUUUCUCAGCAGCAGCAGCAGCCUCCAGCAGCCAGCUCUAUCCCUCCAUCCCACCCAGCCACCAUGGCUAAUUCAGCCACUCAACCCCCCAAUGCCGCUGCAGGCCCUCAGUCCCAGCAGACCCCAUCCUCUGGGCAGCCUCAAUCCCAACCCAAUGGACCUACCACCACACAGUUAGAAAACCCCGAGGAACAGGAUCUGCAGCUGGAGGAGAAGCAAUGGCUAGAGGAGGAAAUGGAGCUGGAGAAGGAGGCCAUAACACCUCCUGAUCAGCCAGAGGAGAAACUCCUGGAAGAGGAGCCAGAGGAGCAUUUUGAAGAGAGCAGGCCGCCCACGCCAGCAGAGGAAGUAGAAGUGCCUCCUGAGAGUCCUCCAGUCGUCGAGGAGCCCAAAGAGCCAGUGGAUCCAGCAGUCAGAGCCAAAGAAAACUGGCUGAGGAUCUACAACAAAGUCUUAGAUCAGAUUCGGGAGGCCCGAGGAGAGACCUCCAACUCACUAUGGUUUGGUAAAGGAGGAAUGGGGGGUGCACUCUACAGUAUUGACAGCAUGCCCGACCUUCGCAAGAGGAAAGCCAUUCCUCUUGUCAGAGAUCUGGCCAUGUCUCUGGUGCAGAACUCUCGUAAAGCAGGGAUCACCUCGGCUAUGGCUUCCACCACUCUUGGCAAUGAAGAGCUGAAAAGUCAUGUUUAUAAGAAGACCCUGCAGGCUCUCAUCUACCCCAUCUCUUCCACCACACCACACAACUUUGAGGUGUGGACCGCCACCACCCCCACCUAUUGCUAUGAAUGUGAGGGGCUGCUAUGGGGUAUCGCCCGACAAGGCAUGCGCUGCUCAGAGUGCGGUGUCAAAUGUCAUGAAAAGUGCCAGGAUCUGCUAAAUGCUGACUGUCUGCAGAGAGCGGCUGAAAAGAGCUCCAAGCAUGGUGCUGAGGACCGAACCCAGAAUAUCAUCAUGGUCCUGAAAGACCGCAUGAAGAUCAGAGAGAGAAACAAGCCAGAAAUCUUCGAGCUCAUCCAGGAAGUGUUUGGACUUGACAAAACAGCACAUGGCACGCAGAUGAAACAAAUCAAACAGAGUGUGCUUGAUGGGACCUCAAAGUGGUCGGCCAAGAUCAGCAUCACAGUUGUUUGUGCUCAGGGUCUGCAGGCCAAAGACAAAACGGGCUCCAGUGAUCCUUACGUGACUGUUCAAGUUGGGAAGACCAAGAAGAGGACCAAAACUAUCUAUGGCAACCUCAACCCUGUCUGGGAAGAAAACUUCCACUUUGAAUGCCACAACUCGUCAGACCGCAUCAAAGUUCGCGUGUGGGACGAAGACGACGACAUCAAAUCACGUGUUAAACAGAGGUUCAAACGUGAGAGUGAUGACUUUCUGGGUCAAACCAUCAUCGAAGUGCGGACUCUGAGUGGGGAGAUGGACGUCUGGUACAACCUGGACAAGAGAACCGAUAAGUCUGCUGUGUCAGGAGCCAUCCGGAUGCACAUUAGUGUGGAGAUCAAAGGAGAGGAGACAGUGGCUCCAUACCAUGUCCAGUACACCUGUCUACAUGAGCAUCUGUUCCAGUACACCACUGAGGACCAGAACAGUGGAGUUGUAAAAAUCCCAGAUGCAAAAGGGGACGAUGCCUGGAAAGUUUAUUUUGAGGAGACGGCUCAGGAGAUUGUGGACGAGUUUGCUAUGAGAUACGGAGUAGAGUCUAUCUACCAGGCCAUGACGCAUUUCGCCUGCUUGUCAUCAAAGUACAUGUGCCCAGGGGUGCCAGCAGUGAUGAGCACCCUGCUUGCCAACAUCAACGCCUACUAUGCCCAUACCACCCAGUCCUCCAACAAUGUUUCUGCCUCUGACAGAUUUGCUGCAUCAAACUUUGGUAAGGAGAGGUUUGUCAAACUGCUGGAUCAGCUACACAAUUCUCUAAGGAUCGACCUGUCAAUGUACCGGAAUAACUUCCCGGCCAGCAGUCCUGAAAGACUACAAGACCUCAAGUCUACUGUCGAUCUCUUGACUAGCAUCACUUUCUUCAGGAUGAAGGUCCAGGAGCUGCAGAGUCCCCCCAGGGCGAGCCAGGUGGUGAAGGACUGCGUGAAGGCCUGUCUCAACUCCACCUACGAGUACAUUUUCAACAACUGCCACGACCUCUACAACAGGGAAUACCAGACAGACCCUUCAAAGGCCGUCCCUCCAGAUGAACAAGGUCCCAGCAUCAAAAACUUGGACUUCUGGUCCAAACUGAUCACACUUAUCGUCUCCAUCAUAGAGGAGGACAAAAACUCCUACACUCCCUGCCUCAAUCAGUUUCCCCAGGAGCUUAAUGUGGGCAAGAUCAGUGCUGAGGUUAUGUGGAAUAUGUUUGCACAAGACAUGAAAUAUGCCAUGGAAGAGCAUGAGAAGAACCGCCUGUGUAAAAGCGCAGAUUAUAUGAACUUGCACUUCAAGGUGAAGUGGCUCUAUAAUGAGUACUGCAAGGAGCUUGCCACUUUCCAGAAGCAUGUACCUGAAUAUCCAGCCUGGUUUGAACCGUUUGUCAUCAUGUGGUUGGAUGAGAAUGAAGAAGUGUCCAGAGAUUUUCUACAUGGAGCCCUGGAGAGGGAUAAAAAAGAUGGGUUCCAGGUCACGUCAGAGCAUGCUUUGUUCUCCUGCUCCGUGGUGGAUGUGUUCUCUCAGCUUAAUCAGAGCUUCGAAAUCAUCCGCAAACUCGAGUGUCCAGAUCCUCAGAUUGUUGGAAACUACAUGAAAAGAUUCGCCAAGACAAUUGGCAAUGUGCUGCUGUCCUAUGCUGACAUCAUUGCAAAGGAGUUUCCGAAUCAUGUGAAGAAGGAGAAAGUGCCAUGUAUCAUCAUCAACAACAUCCAGCAGCUCAGAGUUCAGCUGGAGAAGAUGUUUGAGGCCAUGGGAGGCAAAGAUCUCAAUGUAGAGGCAAGUGACUUCCUAAAAGAGCUGCAAAACAAACUCAACAAUGUCAUGGAUGACCUUAGCCGCAUCUUUGCUGUCAGUUUCCAGCCCCAGAUCGAGGACAAUGUGAGGCAAAUGGGAGACAUCCUGGCCCAGGUCAAAGGCCAGACUGUCCCAGCGAAUGGUAGCGUUGUUCAGGAGGCUGACAACGUUCUGCAGCCCAUCAUGGACUUCCUGGACAGCAAUUUGUCACUGUUUGCUAAGAUCUGUGAGAAGACGGUGCUGAAGAGAGUGCUGAAGGAGCUGUGGAAACUAGUCAUGAACACAAUGGAAAAAACGAUUGUGCUUCCAACUCUCACUGACCAGACGGUUAUUGGCACUCAGAUGAUCUUCAACGCUGCUAAAGAGCUGGGCCAACUGUCAAAGCUCAAGGAGCACAUGGGGCGAGAGGAGGCCAAAGCUCUGACUCCUAAACAGUGUGCAGUCAUAGAGCUGGCACUGGAUACUAUCAAGCAAUACUUCCAUGCUGGUGGUGUGGGCCUAAAGAAAACCUUCUUGGAAAAGAGUCCCGACCUGCAGUCUCUGCGCUACGCCUUGUCCCUGUACACGCAGGCCACAGACAAGCUGAUCAGGAAGUUUGUCCUCUCGCAGGGCGCUCAGGUUCAUGGAGGGAAAGGGAUCAGGUACACGGCCAAUGAAGACACGCCUCCAGAGAAAGCGUCUGGAGUGGAUGCAGUGGGCGAGGUGGUCAUGUGCGUGGACAUUUUACCUCAGCCUAAUGGAGAACACAAGAUCAGCGUCAAAGUGGUGGCUGCCAACGACCUGAAGUGGAAGGCUCAGGGCUUCAGGCCCUUCGUUGAGGUCUACAUCAUCGGCCCCCACCUCAGCGACAAAAAGAGGAAAUUUGCCACAAAGUCCAAAAACAACAGCUGGUCUCCAAAGUUCAACGAGAGCUUCCAGUACUCGUUGGGCACUGAGGUGGGUCCUGAGAGCUACGAGCUUCAGGUGUGUGUGAAGGACUACUGCUUCGCCAGAGAGGAUCGCACUGUGGGCAUGGGCUUGCUGCAGGUGAAGGACAUCGCCAACAAGGGCAGCGUCACCUGCUGGAUGCCACUUGGCAGACGCGUUCACAUGGACGAGACGGGCCUGACGGUACUGCGCAUCCUCUCCCAGCGCAACAAUGACGACGUGGCCAAAGAGUUCGUCAAGCUCAAGUCGGACCAGCGCUCAGCUGAGGAGGGCCGCAGCUGAGGCGAGGGGGGGAGCGAGGACACCAGUGUGCACAAACCCCCAUAGACACAGUAUUAUGCACACAUAAGACCAUACACCGACACAGAUGUGCAAUACACAAGCACACACAUGAAAGGCUCUAUUGUACAUAUAUCCGCAUACAUUAUGCAACAUUUACAUGGCAAUGUUAUCAAUGCAAACACAGAGGAACGUGUUUCUUUUAUUUGAAAUAUGUCACACUCUAAGUUUAGGGUUAGCUUCACAUGUCCAAAUCUUUGUCAAAGGAGCAACGGGGCUUGAUUGAGGUCAAUCAAGCCCUGUUGCUCCCUUGAUGACCAUGACCUGGAUGAAUGAGAACCUACACAGACAUAGUCACAUUAGCAGCACUUCUUAAUCCCUCACUCUACCUUUCCCUGAACACAUCACACCUUUUAUAUGCUGUACAUUUAGAACGCAGAUAAACAAACCAUGUGAAUAGAUCGAGAAUGACCACUUUGCACUUUUGCUUCUCUGUGUCUUCAGGAGAGCAGCCCUGGCAUAGGUAUGCUCCGUGUGUCCGUCUGUUUGUCCGCUUGCCUGCCUGACUGUGUGUCGUUCUUUCAGUCCUCUCUCUCUCCCCUCCCCUGUCGUUUGCUCUGCCUAGUCUUCCUGAGGUGUGAUGUGCCGUGUAAGUUCGAUUUCAGGCACAGAUCUAAGAUCAGCUCUUUACCCAAAUAGAAAAAAAUAAACACAACUCUGAGCUUAGAUCAGCGUCUAGGGGUGACAUCACUGCUGGUGUGUCCUGUAAUGUACAAACGUCCUGCAUGUUGACCCCAGGAGCACUGUGAUACACUUUACUGUCCCCACAGAAAAGAUGGGUGCCUGUUAUUUUACCUGUACGAGCAUGGUGUGUAUUUUACCCCACAGCGAGGUUUUAUAGUAGCGACCUGACUAACCGCCCUCAUAAUGAAGAAAACACGCCAAAAGAGGAUAAAUGCUGAGCCUGUUAAAACAAAACUUGCUGCCUUUUUUUUUCAUUUUUCUUUCUUCACAUCCAAACAAACCUAGCAAUAUCCUAGAGUUUUACACAUCCACACCCUGAGAGUGCACACAACUCCAAAAAGGGCUACAGGAUCAGUGGACUGGGACGUCAGUUUACGCACUCAUAUGCACCGUCCUUACUUCUGUUGGCCAAAUGUCCAGAAGGUUUACACCAUGUUCCCUGCUCACACUUUUAGAAAGCUGUGGAGGAACUUUAAAUAAAUCCACGUGACAGAAACACAACAAACGACGCAUCCUGACACAUCUCUUAAAGGCAAUAGUGGUUUGUUUGUGUAGAGAACAAACCUCUCUGUGACACUGCUCUGUCCUCUGUUAUGGUGUGUAUGUGUGAAGGUAUGUGUGUGUGUGUGUGUUGAAUGUCACACCUGCACAAUGGGCUCUGAGAUUGUGAGCAAUAUAUUGAACCUAUGUACCCCAAACUCACUGCGCUGUCAGUAUAACCACAGCAGCACCAACUGCAAUAUCUAGAUCAAGGAAUGGGAAACCUUUUUUGUGUGUGUGUAUAAGAAAUUACAAUAUUUAUUUAUGGACUCAUAAAAUCCACAUUCCUGUAUGAAGUGUGUAAGCUUUUGUCACGUUUUUGAUAAGAGAGAAAUCCUAUUUGCCUUUUUAGUAGGACCAAAUCUGCACGUAACAGAUCUCAAUUUUUUUUUUUCCAAAGAAAGAAGCCAUCAAAGUCACCGCCAAGCUUUUAUGUUGUUCAUGUUUGAUUCUGUGUCGUUGCAUGUGUAAAAUGAACCCUUUUUCACAGUCAAGUCUUGUGGUUUGUUGGUGGAACUCGAUAUCAGUGACAGUGAGUAAAAGCUGCUUGUAGGUUUUUUCUGUCACUGUUGGGCUACACCAGAUGUCCAUGCUGGCCUGUCACAUGUUGUCUUUACUAAAUGAUGUUGAAUCCUGCCAAAAACAAAGCUUUGAAUGUUAUUCAUCUCCUGCAGAGCCUUCUUUCAUCAAAGGGAUUGUAAAAUACAGAUCAAUUACCAUGUUUUUUUAUUUAAAGUAACGUCACUGUUCAAUCUUCAUUUUGGGGGGUUAAAUAGCCCUUUAAAGCUCCUAUAUCAAGUUUUUAUGUGGUUAUGAAAAAAGUGAAAUGAAAACUCAUACUCUUGUAUGAGCUGGAAAAUUAAUUCAGACUAUCAUCGACAGGAUUGAUUAUUUUGGAUUGUUUAUUUUUAAUGCUUGAAACCUCUGUCGCGGGGUAGGUGUCAGGCGGCUUUUGUUGACAUUUUCCGCAUUAUAGUUUCACAGCAAGAAGUUGUUUGACUGUCAGAAGACAGCAGGAUUAAGAUAAAAAUUAUAAAUGAAAGGUGGUGCUGUGUCCACAGGGAGGAGCUAAGAUUAACACAGACUCCCACAGGAGCUUUAAAAGGAGCUUUUUGUCCACUUUAAUCAUCAGUUUCAUUGUCUGUGAUGUCUUAGGUAAAAGCUGACAUGUCCAAUUGUAGCUCAGAAAGCAUCAACAAAAAAUGAUUAAAUAAGGGGUCAUCUAGUCUGGGGCUCGUUGGUUGCCUGCUUAACGUUUGUAUACACACAAGCACCCACACACCUACACACAGAUCUUUGCUUAAGCACAAAAGGGCACAUGUAAGAAGACACACAUGCAUGCAUGCACGCCGACACAACUCUGUGGAGACCAAUGACGCCCACCCCUGUGAAUAGAACCAACUUACAAUUGCAUGAUGGGAAAUUUAAUCGUGCCAGCACGUGUCUCUCUGAUGUUACUCGGCAUUUUCUUUUGACUUGUUUUUAAUUUUCAAAGCGAUGUGAUGAACAGUCAUCAGUGUUUUUUUAAGGCUUGUGAAUAUGUCAUCUGUAACCAAUAUGAAUGUAGUGGGAACACAGAACUCGCAUGAGAGAAUUAUUUUCUACAGAGGAUGUUUCUAAUUUCUUUCUUAUCAUUAUUGAUCGUUCUUUAAUGAGGAUGAAGAGGAACUGGAAUGCAGCCUGAUUGUGAUCUGCUUCCUAUUAAAAGGACA